AACUUUCAGCCGAAUGUUAAGGACAACCCCCAACUCCUUGAUCUUGUACAGUCUCGUUGUUCGCCCUCAUCUCAGGCGCCUUUCUCCGCCCCCUCCUGCAGCAGCUUAGUCUCGCCGACGAUGCAGGCGAGGCGCUGGGGGAUCUCAAACACACCUAAUGCAUUUCCAAUGGGGGACCUCAUAGCUUGCUAAGUCCAUUAUUUUUACAGUCAAUGGUCUCAACACGCGCUUCGCGGAAGUUCCUCCUCCACGACUCCACACACGCCUCGAAGCCUCGAAACAGAACGUCACAUCAACCACUGAUAACCACAAAAUGCGCAAAGAAGAUGAUGAAGAUGACAAUGAAGAUAAAGCUUAUUGCCUCAUCUCUGUCCCCACCCUUUCCUAAACUCCUACACCUCAGCCUCCUCCAGCUUCUCCUGUCAGUGAAAGCCUGGACUCAGAGAGAACAAAAUCUGGAAAUAUUUUUUCCAUAAAAAACAGACAAGGCUUAAAGAGAGAUUGUUUCUAACACAAAGGUCCUUGUAAAGAUGUCAUCGGUUCAGGAGGAGGAAGAGUUGCCUGCCAACCACACAGGUCCAAAAGGGGUGAUCAAUGACUGGCGAAGGUUUAAGCUGGACAGUGUGGACCAAAAUGUCCCUCAAAGAAAGCGAGAGCUACUGAGACAAAUGUCCAAUCCUCGAGAUGACGACAAGGAAAGAGUCAACAGAAAGAUGAGUGUGCAGGAGUACGAGAUGAUCCAGGACGAGGACGAGCGUUGCCUGAAACGCUAUAGGAAACAGUGCAUGCAGGACAUGCACGAGCGCCUGAGCUUCGGUCCAAAGUUUGAAUGUGUCCACGAGCUGGAGAGCGGAGAAGCUUUCCUGGAGGUGAUAGAGAAGGAGCAUCGGCUAACCCUGGUGGUAGUUCACAUCUACCAACAUGAUGUCAAAGGCUGUGAGCAGAUGAACUCAUGCUUGGACUGCCUGGCAACAGAGUAUCCCACUGUUAAGUUUUGUCGCAUUGAUGCCGUGGCAACAGGAGCUGCAGAGCGCUUCUCCUCUGAGGUCCUUCCCACCUUGCUGGUGUACAAAUCUGGUGAACUACUGGGUAAUUUCUUGUCCAUCACCAAACACUUCAAUGAAGAGUUCUUUGCAACAGACGUGGAGGCGUUCCUCAAUGAAUACGGCCUCUUACCUGAGAAAGAGUUUGCUGCGUGUGCUGAUGAGGAAGAGGAUGCUGCGGAUGUGGAGUGAAAAAAGGGGAGGGGGCAAAUUAAACUCUGUUUUAUCAAAAUGAGAAUUGGAAGGAGGGGCUGAUGUAUGUAUGUUGACAGUGUUUCAGUCAGUACACACACAUAAGGACACAAAGUACAGAAUAGUUAACAUCCAACAGCAGUUGUAUUUAGGGGUAACUAGGUGUGAAUCAUCAGGUGUGGGGCAGCAUGUGUGAAAACACAGCUUUAAAGUCAUAUUAUAGCUCUCCAAUAAAUUGUCUUUACCAAUU